CUUUUUAGCGUCGUUGAAAACUGAGAGAAGAAAAUCUAAACGAAAUCUGAAUUAAUUUCAAUUAAGAUGAAUAAAAAACCCGUGGUUAUACAGACACCUCCAACACCUCGAACUCGACGUCGACGACGUCAACAGAGAAUAUCGGCAUAUUUUAAAACUAAUGCUAAUGUUGAGAAAGAAGUUCCUUGUACUAGUGAAAAUAAUGUAGCGAAUAACUGUACAUACAAAAAAAGAAAGGCAGAAACAGAGAGCAUGGAAUCAUCUGCGAUGCAGUAUGAAACUACAAAAAGCAAUGGUACAGAUGAUGUAUAUAUUGUAGAGUGUGUACAACGACGUAGGAAGAUUCCUAUAGUAACAGUAGACAGCGAUACUGAUAUAUCUAACAGCAAUUAUAAAAUUGCAUCCACAUCAGUUAAGAAAAACAUAACAGAAUGUGCUUUCAAAGAAAAUAUAAGCGUAGAUAAAUCUAAAAAUGUAUUAAAUAAUUUAAAUGAAACAAUAACCAAAGUACAAAACUCUAAGUCACCAAGUAGGAAUGUAUUGCAUGAAAAGUUUACUAUAGAAGAAUGUAAGCCAAAUUUUAAAGGAAAAUUAAACGUAUUAAAUGAUAGUCCUGUGAUUGAGAUAGAUUCUGAUACCGAAUCGUUAGGAUGUAGUACUAUUCUUAAAGAUGAAUGGUUCGAUGAUGACCAAUUAAAUUUCAAUACUUUGCAGAGAUGCAAAGUAGUUGAUAUGUGUCAUGAACGCGAUGCCCUGGUACUAAGUGUGACAAACUCGGAAUUUCAAACGCCUAUCGUUAUAGAAUGCUUAGAGUAUUGGAAAUAUACAAAGGUAGAAAAAGAUAGCAUUAUAGCUGUAGAAGCAAGAAAGGAAAAAACCUGGUGGAAAGUCGAUAACGAAUUCGGUUUUAUUGUUGCAUAUCCAGAUAUACUAAUAUCUAGUACUACGAUUGUAGGUGGCAUAUUUUGUAAACGAAAAAGUAUAUUAAAUGAAAAAUUUCGGAAAAUAGAGUCUCUUCCUUGCUUUAAAACUGACCAAACUGCUAUGGUGAUCGGCAGUUUUGUACACGAAUUGCUGCAGAAAGUCAUUCAAAAAGAUAUUAACAAAUUCGCGGAUAUAAAAAAAUUAUUAGACAGCAUGCUCCAGUCUAGAGACACGAUAAGGCUUCUUUAUGCUACAGGAAUUACGUUAGACGCAUGCAGAAAACAAAUGCUUGUUUUUGUUCCAAGAAUUUAUCAAUUUAUUCAGCAUUAUUUAAAAGAUAAACGACAAGAAGAAAUAAAUCGUGUUGAAAAUAAUUUUAAAGGACAAAUUGUCGAUAUUUUAGAUAUUGAAGAAAAUGUUUGGUUACCAUGUUUAGGGAUAAAAGGUAAGAUUGAUGUCACGGUGGAGGUAGAAGAGAAUUACAAACGAAAAAUGAUGCCGCUUGAAAUUAAGACGGGCAAGCCGUCAUUCUCUUUAGAACAUAAAGGUCAAAUUAUUCUAUACAUUAUGAUGAUGGCUCUUACUGGUCAAGACACAGAUACAGGACUCUUAUUGUACCUGAGAGAGAAUAAUAUACAAGAAAUUAAAAGUGAUCAUCGUGAAAGGAGAGAUUUGAUGCAAUUAAGAAACGUUUUAGCAUAUUAUUUGACUCCGAAAUCAACUGAGAUGUUAUCAGAGUCAACCGCGGAUUUGAAUUGGGCCGGGUUUGAAUUACCGGAGCCGAUUAAUCAUCCAAGUGCAUGUAAUAAUUGCGUGUACAACUCAUUAUGUUGCGCCUAUUUAAGCAAAGAUAGUAAUAAUAAACUGCCAUUGAAUCACCCACUAAAUCAAUUGAAAGAAAAAAUUUCGCGGGUAUUGUCGCCUUCACACACGAAUUAUGUUUUACAUUGGAUUUUAUUAUUAGAAAUGGAGGAAAAUGCACAGACUACUGAUAAGUCGCACUCAAAUUUAUGGACACUAAACGCGGAACAAAGAGAAAACAAGAAAAUAUGCAUUUCAAAUUUGAAAAUGUUGAAGACAAUAAAAGAAAGUUCUUGCAAGUAUAAAUUCACAUUUAUUCGUAAUAAUUCAAACGCACAAGAUCGAGAAAGUAUUCCUUAUACGGAAUUUUCUGAAAAUGAAUAUGUAUUAAUAAGUACAGACAAACGAAUAAAUGUAUCAGCAGGCUUUAUUGUACAUCUAAGCAAUACCUCUGUAGCUGUUAGGGUUGACAGGGAUAUUAGUAAGUAUAUUACGAACGAAUUAGUUCAUAUCGAUAAAUAUCAGUCUUCUACUCUCCACUGUUCUAAUCUUGCUAGUGUGGGUGGCUUAUUGGCAAAUAAUGAUAUAUGUGCCAAAUUGAGAGAAAUUGUCAUCGAUAGAAAACCAGCUACUUUCGAUCAAGGAGUUCCACAAUCUAUUGUCUCGAAAAGUAGCAAAAUAUUGCAAACUUUGAACGAGAAUCAACAAAGGGUAGUUUUGAAAGCUCUUACCGCUUCAGAUUAUAUUCUAAUCAAAGGAAUGCCUGGCACAGGCAAAACACAAACUUUAAUAGCUUUUAUUGAAUUGUUGCACGAGACAGGACGCUCUGUUUUAAUUACCUCUCACACCAAUAACGCAGUUGAUAAUAUACUACUAAAAUUACUAGCUAAAGGCAUUGAUUUUUUGAGAUUAGGCUCAUCUGUUCAUGAGUCCCUAAAAGCUUAUGCUGAAAAGAACGCAAUAGCCAGCUGUACUACGCCAGAGGAGAUGGAAAUAGCGUAUUCCAAAAGUAUAGUUGGUGUUACUUGUUACGGGGCUUAUCACCCAAUGUUAUGUACAAGAAUUUUCGAUGUCUGCGUGGUAGACGAAAGUGCACAAAUAUUACAGCCAACUGUACUGCGACCCCUGUACAAUGCUCGUAAAUUUGUUUUAGUUGGAGAUCCAGAUCAAUUACCCCCAAUCAUCCAAAGUAGUCAAGCCAGACAACGUGGCGCAGAUGAAUCCUUAUUUAGUAGGCUAGACAGCGAAAAUAAUACUGUAAUUUUGACGGAGCAGUAUAGGAUGAAUAGAUAUAUCAUGACUUUAGCGAAUAAAUUAACGUAUAAUGAUAAAUUGAAAGCUGGUAAUAUGCUCAUAGACAGUGCCACGUUUAACGCUAAUCAUAACAAAAUACUCGUGAAAGUAGAACCUUGGGUACAGAGAGCACUCUCUCAAAAUCUAAGUGACUCUGUAAUGUUAUUAAAUACCGGCCCUAUCGACAAAUUAAAAGUGAAUUAUAAAUUUUGCAAUAAAUAUCCGGAAAGUGAUCAAGUGUGUUCAAAUAUUUUCGAAGCAGCUGUAUUGCGAAAACUAGUACAAACUCUUCUACAGAUGCAUGUAAAACCGGAAAAUAUUGGAAUUAUUGCGCCCUAUAGGGCACAUGUAAAUUUAUUAAAAAAUGUAAUUCAGAACGGUAUUGAGAUAAAUACUGUAGAUCAGUAUCAGGGUCGCGAUAAACAAAUUAUAUUAUAUUCCUGCGCUAAAAGUUUAAUUAACAGUAAUAACGUAAAACAGAUACAGGAUCUUGAGGUACUGGGAGAUCACCGUCGUCUGACGGUAGCAAUAACGAGGGCAAAGUGUAAAUUGAUUAUCGUGGGGGAUAAAUCCACUUUAUUACGCUAUACAAUCUUCCAAAAGUUGUUCAGUUUAAUAGAAGAUAAAAAUACAAUACAUUUACAUGAUAACAGUGAUGGUUUCUCAUGGAAACAGAUCACAUCUGCGUUAUAGUUUCUCAAAAUUUUAUUCAUUUUAAUUUAAAGAAUUUAAUAUAUAAUAAAACGAAAGUUUUUCUAUUGAUGAUGAAGCAUGAAUGCAAGUACUUUCAACUUCAAUGAAAGGUUAAAGAACAACUGGAUCAAUUACCUAAACCACCGAUUAUUAAAAAAUCGACCGUUGAUCUUGCAACGAUAGACCAUCAUUCAAAAUU